CCAGCCAGCCAGCCAGCCAGCCGCCUCCUCCUCGCCCGAGAUCCAAGCGAGGACCGGGAUAUUUCUUUCUUUCUUUUUUUUCUUCUUCCAGGGGGGACAUUAAAGCCGCGGACGGUGUUUGUCGGGUCCCGUGUAAAACCGGGCUGCCAAAAAAGCAGAGGGGAUGACUCUGGAGUCCAUGAUGGCUUGCUGCCUGAGCGAAGAGGCGAAGGAGUCGAAACGAAUCAAUGCAGAAAUUGACAAGCAGCUUCGCCGAGACAAACGAGACUCGAGGAGGGAGCUGAAAUUACUCCUGCUAGGUACAGGAGAGAGCGGCAAAAGCACCUUCAUCAAGCAGAUGAGGAUCAUUCAUGGUGCGGGCUACACAGAUGAAGACAAGAGGGGCUUUAUCCGGCUGGUUUACCAGAACAUCUUCACCUCCAUGCAGUCCAUGAUCCGCGCCACAGAGACCCUCAAGAUCCCCUACAAAUAUGAACAGAACCGGUCCAAUGCUUUGCUGGUGAAGGAGGUGGACAUUGAGAAGAUCAAUGGGUUUGAACAGCCUUACAUCACAGCCAUCAAGACUCUGUGGGCUGACCCAGGGAUACAGGAGGCCUACGACCGCCGCAGGGAGUACCAGCUCUCCGACUCCACCAAAUAUUACCUUAGUGAUAUAGACCGUGUGACUGCGGAGGGGUAUGUUCCCACCCAGCAGGAUGUGCUGAGGGUCCGUGUUCCUACAACAGGCAUCAUUGAAUACCCCUUUGACCUGGAGAACGUCAUCUUCAGGAUGGUGGAUGUAGGAGGUCAGAGGUCAGAGAGGAGGAAGUGGAUCCACUGCUUUGAGAACGUCACCUCCAUCAUGUUCCUGGUGGCGCUCAGUGAAUACGACCAGGUCCUGGUGGAGUCAGAUAAUGAGAAUCGUAUGGAGGAGAGCAAGGCGUUGUUCCGGACCAUCAUUACCUACCCCUGGUUUCAGAACUCUUCUGUCAUCCUUUUCCUCAAUAAGAAGGACCUGCUGGAGGAGAAGAUAUCCUACUCCCACCUGGUGGACUACUUCCCUGAGUUUGACGGUCCCCAGCGGGAUGCCCAGGCUGCGCGGGAGUUCAUCCUAAAGAUGUUUGUGGACUUAAACCCAGACAGCGACAAGAUCAUCUACUCCCACUUCACGUGUGCCACGGACACUGAGAAUAUCCGCUUUGUGUUUGCAGCUGUCAAAGACACCAUCCUACAGCUCAAUCUCAAAGAGUACAACCUGGUCUGAGGGCUCACACGACAAUGCACACCUCCUCCUCUGCAUUGCACAAAGGCGCACCUCUUUUGGGAAGUGUGCACUCAACUCCACACACAUCACACAACAUUCUACAC